UGGGAGCGCGCGGUGACACCCUCUGCAGCAAACCUGCCCACUGUAAUAACAAGGCUCCGGCACAAGCACACGGCGCUGAUGGGUGGUGAUGCUGCUUCUGUGUGGGGAUAAAGUGACUUGACUCGGCGCUGUGGCGCUUCACAGCGUGGGCAGGCUGCGGACAGAGCGCAAACACACACACACACACACACACACACGCUGCUGUGGAUGCAGCGCACUCCGUGAAUAACUGUGGUUUUACAUGAUCUGAUUAAGGAAUAUAUAUUUUUUUUUAGAAAGAUAUCGUAACAUUUUAAGGAUAAAUUGAGUGUCUUUUUAAUUGUAUUCUUUUCUUUUUUGGGGGAAGCUAUUUUGAGAAAACCUCUAAGGCCGAUGAAUCGAGGACAUAAAUAGGAUCCCUGACUAUGGACGUGACUCUGGAUCCUGAGACUAAACCGGCGGCUCUCCGCGCUCUCCUGGUGGCAUGCGUGACUCUGUUGUUGUCGCUCCACCUGUGGCGGUGGCUGCGGGAGCGCUCGUUGCCCGGUUUGCCUGGUCCUCCUGUCUGGCCGCUCAUCGGAAACGCUGCGCAACUUGGCAGCGCACCGCACUUGUACUUUGCGCGCAUGGCGAAGAAAUACGGCAACGUGUUCCAGAUCAAACUAGGCUGUCGGGUCGUGGUGGUGCUGAACGGCGACUCCAUCAAACAGGCGCUCGUCAGGCAGGGACCCGACUUUGCCGGCAGACCGGACUUCACCUCGUUCCAGUACAUCUCCAACGGGAACGGCGUCGCGUUCACCACAAUCACGGACAGGUGGAAGGUGCACCGCAAAGUGGCGCAGUCCACCGUGCGGAUGUUUUCUACGGGGAACCCGCACACCAAGAGGACAUUUGAGCAUCACAUCCUGUGCGAGUUCAAAGAGCUGCUGCAGCUGUUUGUGGGGAAAACGCAGGAGCAGCGAUAUUUCCAGCCUAUGACUUAUCUGGUGGUUUCCACGGCGAAUAUAAUGAGCGCGGUGUGCUUUGGGAAGAGGUACGCCUAUGACGACAAAGAGUUUCAGCAGGUGGUGGGCAGGAAUGACCAGUUCACGCAGACAGUGGGAUCAGGCAGCCUCGUGGACGUGAUGCCCUGGCUCCAAUACUUCCCCAACCCCAUAAAAACAAUGUUUGACAACUUCAAAAGCCUCAACGUGGAGUUCGCCAUGUUCAUCCAAGAUAAAGUCAUCGAACACAGGAAGACAAUCCAGUCGAGCACCAUCAGGGACAUGACAGAUGCUUUCAUUGUGGCCAUGGAGCAAGUGAGAGACAAAACAGGAAUUUUCGCAGAGAAGGACUUUGUUACUUCCACUGUUGGGGAUGUAUUUGGAGCAAGUCAGGACACACUGUCGACUGCUCUGCAGUGGAUCAUCCUUGUACUUAUCAAGUAUCCUGAGAUGCAGCUACGUCUCCAGCAGGAAGUGGACAGGGUGGUGGGUCGCGGCCGGCUGCCCUCCAUCGAUGACCAGACGCAGCUGUCUUACAUCAUGGCCUUCAUCUACGAGCUGAUGCGCUUCACGAGCUUCGUCCCUCUCACGAUCCCUCACUCCACGACCACAGACACCUCCAUCAUGGGCCACACCAUACCAAAGAACACAGUCAUCUUCAUAAACCAGUGGUCCCUCAACCACGAUCCAGCAGUGUGGCCCAACCCCGAGAGGUUUGACCCAGAGCGGUUCGUGGAUGAGCAGGGUGCUCUGAACAAAGACAAGACCAGCAAAGUGCUCAUCUUCUCACUGGGUAAGCGGCGCUGCAUUGGUGAGGACUUGUCCAAGCUUCAGCUGUUCCUUUUCACGGCGCUCAUCACCCACCAGUGCACUAUCACCGCAGACCCGGCCAUGCCGCCAAAAUUAUAUGACUAUAACUACGGCCUGACACUGAAACCUCAGGCCUUCUCUAUAGCUGUGUCUCUGCGUGGACCAAUGUCACUGCUGGAGGAAGUUACCAAGUCCUCAGCAGACUCCAAAACACAAAACUAAGAAAAGACUCAAAAGGACUACAGUUCAUGUUUGCCAUGGGCAAAAGAAAACUGUAUUUAUAAGCUAAAACUCUUCUCUACUUUGUUUUACAUACUGAACACUGAUUACUGAUAACACUGAUUGUUUGUUGCGUCGAGUGCUGCAGUCACGGUCUUACAUACCAGUCACUCAAAGCAAAUGUGCAAAGUAUCCUUUUGUUGUUAUUUUGUUAGUUAUAAGAAUAUGUAGAAGAAACCUUCAAAAUCGGACAAUACAUUUAUCCUGAUCAACUAGACCACUACAUGUUAUUUGAUGGAGUCCAGUAAACCUACAACUCUAAUGACAAAUGAAAAGGCAUAAGACAUAAGAUCAUGUUCAGCGAGUAAGACAAUAACACAGAGUUCAGUUUGAAAGGUCAGAAAAGCAGCGCAUAAGCAAAGCAAAGCUCCCUUUUCCUCAGAAGAAAUGUUAGAAUUCCUGCUCUACUGUUGAAACGACUACUGAAAUUGUCUUUUGUUUCGUUUCUGUGCUUCAGUCAAGGCAUAAAACUACUGCACGGUGUAACAGAAAGAAUCCAAGAAAUACCCCAAAUACAAACAAUAAAUGAUCCUUACCUCGAAAUAUUUAUUGUGGAAUUAAAGUGAGAUUGGUGAAAUAAGAAAAGCUGUGACUUCGAACAAUCACACACGGAUAUUUCAUCAUCAUGUUUGCAUUGAUGCCGCUGAUGCCUUAAACUCACAAUAAACCUCAAUAAACACGUCCAACAGAAA